CCGAUGGAUCGCUUGUCUUCAGUCAUCUGACUUAUGCAGAUGAUGGUCUUUAUAGACUUUCCAUCAAUCUACGAGCAACCAUUGUUCGAACCGUUCGUCUGCGUAUAAUGGAUAAGCUGUCCGAGCCUUCGAUAUGGAGUAACGCCAGCUCUCCGGGUUCCACCAUCCAGCUCAUGUGUAAUGUGGGAGAUGCUUCGAGCUAUCAGUGGUGGAAAGAUGGAAGGGAGGUCUCUCAUCAUCACCUCCGAGAUGGGAACAGAAGCCUUGUUAUCCUGAACGCUUCCAGAAGUGACUGUGGAAAUUACACCUGUGUUGCCACCAAUCCUGUCAGCUCUGUACAGGCAAGCUACCUGCUAACCAUUCACGGUCUUCGUCCGGUGGAGACCGUCAUUGUGGUGGCAUCGAUUGUUGGGAUAGUAUCUUCUGUAGUGUCAUUUGUUGGAUUGCUGCUACGGUGCUGCUUGAGGAGAGAGUUGAUACAAGCGUCAGUGAAACAGUCCAAAAUUUUGUCUUUGCUCCUGUUUAUCUUCAACAAGGUGUCUCUUGUUGCCAUCUUAAUUGCCCUCAUUUCCUGGAUUGUGAUUAAAGGAGCUGCCUCUGUACCUGUGGUUGCUUUGUGCAUUGCACUUGUCCUGCUGGCUUUGAACGUCUGCCCGACCAUCAACAUUGGGAACUUGGGCUACCCGUGUAUCAGUCGCUUCUUAGACAGCACAGGUUUGCAAGCUUCGAUUGACUUCUGCGGAAUCAUAACCUUCUUUCUUGGGAUCGUCUGUUCAAUCGUCAUCCUUGUUAAAGAGAUUCAGCAAAGCAAUGAAGGUUGUUACGUGACAAUUCCAACCUGGAGCAUACUGACCCCGUUGUUCACCGUUCUUGCUGUAAUCUUCACUGCAUGUGCAGCAGUGUGGUGGAAAGGAAAUGGAGAUACGAGCAGUGAAUCAAAUGAUCAAGGAAUUAACAGCAGAGAAAGGUAUACAUUCUCAAAGGAUGUCCUGUAAUUAAGGUGAUGAAUGAGUUUGGUAAAACGUUCCUGUUCAUGUCCUGUAAAUAAAGCGAUGGAUGAGUUUUGGAAAAACGCCCCUGGACUGUAAAUUGAGGCGACGGAUGACUUCUGUAAAAUCGCCCCUGCACUGUAACUAUUAAGGCGAUGGAUGACUUCUGUAAG